CCGAGAUGCAGGGAGGCAGGUCGGUAGGUAGGAAGAGGGUGGUCGGUUGGUGGACAGGGUUGUUGUAGCGGGAGCCAGGGUCACGGGGUGCUCGUAAACUUUGGGAGGGGGAGCUCGGAGCAAUGGCGGAGAGGUGCGUGUGAAAGGAUUCAGAGAGCGAUUCCGCGUUGGAUCAGUGGCAUAUGGCGUUGGCGACGGAGGAGCAUUGACAGGCAGAUCCAUUGGCCCUCUUGCGCACGGUCUCGUCCUAAAUUUGGCCCUCCCUUGUACUUGGUUGCACAUUUUCGGCCCCGUGCAGAUCUCCGGGUGCGCGAGGUGGAAGACAGGGUCUCCGCAUCAAUGCCGUCUUCAAUCGUUGAAGGAGAUUGAUCCUCGUGUGUUACAUGGGAAGGGGUGAUUUGUGCGAAUGAAUGCGGUUCAAUAUCAAUGUUGAAAGACACUGGAAACCAAGCGUGAUUCCCACAUAUUCAUAAUAAUGCUCGAGAAAUUGAAACUUUUGAAGCUCGGGAGUGUGAAAGAAAAACACAUGAGGCUGUAUAGGCUCAUGAAAUAAGCUAUUGGGUUCGGAGAAAUCGGAUCAGCACCCAGGAGUUCUGGAUGUUGCGAUGCCGAGAGAGAUGAACAAUGAGUUGCAUCCGCUGCCAUUGAAGAUGGACCAAGAGAGCUCACGUGGUUUUAUUCAAUGAUUUAAUCCAUCUGGAGUUUUCUUCAUAAGAGGUGAUGUUUGUCUGAAAGCACGGGAGCCAUGGGCAAGUCAGGCAAGUGGUUGAAGAAGGUCAAGAAUGCUUUCAGGUCUCCAUCGAAGGAUGUAAUUGAUGACAAAGAUGAAACCAAAAAGAGGCCUUCGAAGGGUAAUCGAGGGACAAAUUUGGACUAUUAUAAGGCUGUGCCUAUACCUCUCCCACUACCAGCUGUUACGGGACUGACCAAUCAAGAAGUUGAGCAGGAGCGUGGCAACGAAUUUUCGAAGGAAGAGGUAAUUGCUGAGUUAGAGAAUCAGCCAGAUAAUGACCAUGCACGACAGGAGGCCAUGGAAUCCGAGGUCGACAGGGAAGCCGAAGCACUUCGCGAGGAACAGGCAGCUAUUCAAAUACAGCGAGCUUUUCGUAACCACUUGGCUUUGAAAGGACUUGUUCGACUUCAAGCCUUGGUGCGAGGACACACUGUACGAAGGCAGGCCGCAACAACACUGAGAGCGAUGGGAGCUCUUGUUCGUGUUCAAGCCCGUAUCCGUGCUCGUCGAGUCAGGAUGUCAGAGGAAGGACAAGCUGUACAGCAGCAGAUCAUGCAAAGGCGUCUCGCUCUUGCACGACCAAAGACCUCAGAGGGAGCUUGGAUCACAGGUCGGGACUCGAAGGAAAAACAGCAGAUACGAGAAGAGGCAGCCAAGAAGCGAGAAAGGGCAAUGGCUUACGCGUUCUCACAGCAGGCGAAACGAAAUACCCCAAAACGAAACAUGUUGUUUACAGAAAGUGAGCCCGAUCAAUCCCAUUGGGGGUGGAGCUGGAUGGACCGGUGGAUGGCUGCCCGCCCCUGGGAGAAUCGUCACUUCGACCUUACGAAGGAAGGUAACCAGAAUGUUUCAUCUGUGAAGUUUCUCGGGGUCCAGCCAAAGAAUGUCAAAAUUGAUGGAGUCAAUUUGAAACCUGCUCGGUCUCCACCACCACUGAACUCAAGGGUUGAGAAACCAGAAGACAGAGCUAAGAAAAGUCGCCGUGCUGUCGGAGCGAAUGGAAAUAUUCCAUUGCCUCUUCCAUCUCCACCUUCUGCUGAUGAGCCUUCAUCAAAUAUGCCUGACAUCAAUGGAAGAAAGAACCUAUCACCUGAAAAGCUGACAAUUUCACCAAGGCAAAUGACACAGCUUCCCCCAGCUUCUCCCCCUGAAGAAAUUGUGAGGCCCAUAGCUCAUGAGAGCGAUGCUGCUCUAGCUUCACCAUCAGAUAGUUCAUCCUUCCAACCUCCACCUCCUUCCAACCAUCCUGGUUCAAACGGAGGUACUUUUGCUGUAUCAAAUGACGGGACGGCGGAGCAGGAUCCUAGUUGCAGUGGUUCCUCUGGUUCUGAACACGGAGUUAACGAAGACCAGUUUACCAAAGCCAGUCCUCGAGAUUCUCCCAUGUCAGGUCAUGCUAAGGCUAACGUCGAUGCGAUUAGUACACCCAACAUGACGAAAGAGGCAGGGAAUGGGGAGAACAGUGGACCAACAAGUCACAAGUUGACUAGAAGCCGGUAUAUGGAGGCCACAGUUUCUGCGAAAGCCAAAGCACGCACGAGUCCUAAGACCAAAGUGGAGGGAGAGGAGUCACCCGUCAAACAGCCGAAGCGUCUCUCUUUUGGAGGCCCUUCAGUUGCAAGAUCGAAGUCUCCAAGUGGAACCGCCGCAGUUAGAUCAAAAUCUACUUUGCAGGUGCGGACCAGCCUUCCAAGUGGUCUCUUCAAGGAUGCAUCUGUGGAGAUUGUUAGUCCUGUUGACUCCGGCGGUGGUGGUCAGACUGUUUUGAGAAGAAAGUCCUUCGGCGGAGACGCUAAAUCUGCAACGAAGUGGAGGUGACUGGUAGCUCGACAUGUUAAGUUGAAUUGCAAACUUGACCUUACUUUGGUGUUGUAGUAACAGAAGACCAGCAUUUGACCUUUUUACAUUGCCUCACACUUUUAAGUCCAUUACAGUGACGGCAUCUAAAUCCAUUUCAAGUUGUUUAGAGUGCAAUGGCCCCAACGUUUUUUUAUAUGCCUAGAUGCUGAUCAAACCAUACUUUUCCAAAUAUUGUCAAGUUGAAAGAA